AUGGAGUCUCCCUGGAGCGGCCGUCUAAGUAGUCGCUCCGCUGGUGUCUCGCCGCUGCACUCUCGUCGUCUACUCCCUCUCUCCCCACAGCAGCUGCGUGAGUGGUACGUUGGCCGUCAGGGUCGCGCUGCUGGAGCUAGGGGCGGCGCUGGAGCUUGUGACUCUGCUACUGGAGUUGUUUCUGCUGGAGGUUCUGGAGCUGCUGCCGGUGCUGACGUUGGAGGUUCUGGGGCUGCUGGAGGUGCUGGAGCUGCUGAGGGUGCUGGCGCUGGAGGUUCUGGAGCUGGUGCUGGUGCUGGAGGCGCUGGAGCUGGAGGUUCUGGAGCUGCUGAGGGUGCUGGCGCUGGAGGUUCUGGAGCUGCUGCGGGUGCUGGCGCUGAGGGUUCUGAGUCUGCUGUUGCGCGGUCUCCUUGGAGUAGCCGCCUUCGUCCACGUGUGCCUCUCACCUCACAGCAGCUGCAUGACUGGUACGGUCGCCGUCAGGGUCGCGCUUCUGGAGCUCGGAGUUCUGCCGCUGGAGGUGCUGCUGCUGACGUUGCUGGAGCUGGGAGUGGUACUGGUCCUUUGUCUACUGGAGGUGCUGGAGUUGCUGGUCCCGGAGGUGCUCGUACUGGAGGCCCUGGAGCUGCUGGGGCUGGAGGUGCUGAGCCUGCGGGUGCUACUGCUGGAGACACUGAGGCUGGAGACCCUGGGUCUGGGGGUGCUGCUGCUGGUGGAGCUGGUCCUGGAGGUGCUGGCGCUGGGAGUUCUGGAGCUGCUGGAGGUACUGGAGCUGCUGGUGCUGGUGGCACUGCACCCCCGCGACUGUUCUUCGCUCCACCUUCUCCGCCGUCUUAG